AUGGCUUUUGCUGGUAUCCUCAGUGAGGCUGACAUCUGCGCUGCCCUCAAAUGCACAGAAGCCAAGGACUCUUUCAACUUCAAAACUUUCUUUGCCAAGUCUGGUCUGAGCAGCAAGUCUCAGGCUGAAGUCAAGAAAAUCUUCGAAAUCCUGGACCAGGACAAGAGUGGCUUCAUUGAAGAAGGUGAGCUGAGGCUGUUCCUGAAGAACUUCUGCACUGAUGCAAGGGAACUGACCGACUCUGAAACCAAGAGCUUUCUUUCAGCUGGUGACUCAGACGGUGAUGGCAAAAUUGGAGUUGAUGAAUUCCUAGCUUUGGUCAAGGCUUAA